CGACUGUCCGCGACGAUUGCAAAGAAUAGGAACGACGGCGCUCUGUUCUGUGUCCAAACACGAUAGUGUGUAAAUUAGAGAAUUAUCGCCCCCCUCGCGUUCGCGUUAGUUUUUUCUCGGUUUUGCGGAUUUUCCACCGGAUGUAAUAUCUCGCAGAAGGGUUGCGUUUUUAGUUUCGAAAUAGUUUUUCACAUUUCGCUGUUCGGUUGACGUUUUUGAUGGGAUUUUUCUUCGCUUCUUGUCGGAUGGUGUGUCGAAGCCCUUUUGUCCUUUCCCGUUUCUCUCGUGUCUCGUGCCUUGCACGUUCCCGUUUCGACGAUCCUGCUUACUUCGGUUUGGUUGUGUGUAAGUGUACAUAUUUUCGAGUGAGUUGUAGCAGGCCGUGAACAAAACCAUCAGCAGAGAAAUUUCCUUUGGAGGGUGUUUGGAAUGUGUCAAAGCAGGCUUUGAAGAAGAAGAAAUUUUUGACGGAAAAGUGUGCUAAAUAUUUCAUCCUAGUAAGCUUUGAUGUGCGUUUUUCGGAGUGUUUGAAUGAAUCAGCUAAAAUUUGUGUGUGCUUCAUCGGUGCUUCACUAGAGCUAGGGCUACUAUGAGUAACCGAAAAUGUGCAAAGUUCGACGGGCAGCCAGCUGAUGCUUGCCAGGAGCCUACUACGACGACGAAGACGACGACGACGGCCAAGGAUUGUCAUUCAUCUUGCGGAAUUGGAGUACAACUAUGAGUAGCGAUCGAUAAGCUGAAGGAAAAAAAGGUCCGUGCCAUGGAACAGCGUCUGUGUGACUGGCCCAAGUCACAGAGCAUAACUGGGCCACCCGGAAGUAGCAGUGGCGGAGGAACGAACUCAGCCAACAGCAGCAGUACCCAGAACGCCAACGCCAAGCCUGGUCAACCUGGAUCCAGUGUUCCCGUCCCGAAAGUCGAGACGAUCAAAAUCAACCAGCUCGAGUCGGCUGUCGAGGAACAACGGCAACUCCGCCUUCAGGACGCUCGCCAAGUCGGUGCCAAAGCGGCCAAGAUCAAGGAGUGGGUCACCAACAAACUUCGGGAACUGGAAGAGCAGAACCAGCUGCUACGGGAGCAGAACAUCAAGUGCAAUCAACAGCUAGAAUUGUUAAGAAACCACAUCGCCACCCAAAGCACUAGACAUAGCAUACAGCAACCGGUUAGAUCUAGUUUAAGCUUAGACGUACAGGACUACAAACGGCGAAGUGGCCGAAGACGUAGCGAAUCUUUAGAUCCGCCUGAACAUCGAUCUUCCCUAGCAGCGCAUCACCAUCACCAUCAUCAUCAUAGGCGUAAUCUUUCGAUGGAACCUCAGGAAUUAGCUAGAGAUUUAGCGGCCGCCGUUGAUGGCCUGAACCUCAUACCCCUCAAUCCGGGUCAACAGCCCAGUCCCAACUCGGACGUGGAUGCCGUGCAUGACUACGCCGAGAUCUAUACGCCAUCGCGCGAGAAAGCCCCAACAUGGCUCAAAGGCCUCCCGAGUGGCGGUUCGAGUACGACGACCUCCGACUCGGUGGCCGACCUUGGACCCCAACGACCCCCAACGCCACCCCUGCAUCGGUUUCCCAGCUGGGAGGCUAAAAUCUACCAAGUGGCCAACGAUGGCCUAGCCGGCGCCGGGGAUGGCAGCGAAUCUCAGGACCAGGAGUCCGGCUCCGGAAUGACGACCUCCAGCAUGGGCAUGGGCAAUUCUCGCUCCCAGCAGACCGUGUCCGGAGGAUACUGUGAUAUUAGUGUACCGGUUUACGCCACCGUUAAAGGGCGUGCCUCUCAAAUUCGAUCGAUACCUUUCACCGGAGAGUCGAGCGACGACAGCAGCGACGGUGAAGACCACGGUGCCAUCAUGACCUGUGCCACUUCGACCCACAACUCGCACAACUCAACCAGCACGGACAACACGGAAACGAGCACCUCGGGCAGUGCUUCUAGUCCCUCGAAGAGCCUUAAAACUUCCUCUAGUCUUAGUCCGGCCAAACGGAGCGGUUCCGAAUCUCCGAAAAACAAAACACGAGUAAUUUCAGAAAUGUCCUUUGAAUCAGGGCUGUCCGAUGACUACGCGAUACCACCGGAUGCGGUGUCGACGGUGGACACGACCUGCAUGGACGCUUCGAUGCCGUCCCUGCUGAUGCGAACCUCGUACGCCGAUUCGCCGAAAAAGAUGGAAACCCUCGAGAAGGUCGGUCACCUGGCCAAGCUGGGUGGGAAGCUGAAGACGUGGCGCAAGCGGUGGUUUGUGCUGAAAAAUGGGCAGCUGACGUACUGGAAGAGUCAGCACGACGUGAACCGGAAACCGCAGGGAAUGAUUGCGCUGGACGAGGCCUGUCGAAUUAAUCGGGCCGAGGGAGCGUCGACGUUCGAGAUCGAUACCGGCAAGAAGGUGUACUACCUGACGGCCGAUUCCAAUGCCACGAUGGACGAUUGGAUCCGGGUGCUGCAGAAUGUUCAGCGACGGAACGCCACCAAGCUGCUGCUGAGUCGGGACGAUCAGAAACCGACCCUCCAGGCGUGGGUCACAAAGGUGAAGAACGGGCACGCCAAGAAGUGUUGGUGCGUGCUGCUCGGCAAAAUGUUCCUGUACUUUAAGGCCCCGGGAGAGACGAAUCCUCUGGGUCAGAUCAACAUGCGUGACGCCCGGGUCGAAGAGGUGGAACACGUAUCCGAUUCCGAUUCGGAAGAACGAGAAGAUCAAGCCCAGAGCCAAGCUCGUCUAACCGUGGCCAUAUACCCCCAGCUGCAAGGAGUGGGUCCAACAUACCUUAUACUCCCCGGCAAACAGGAACGGGACAACUGGUUGUAUCAUUUAACCGUCGUUUCCGGUGGUGGUCCCAAUGCCGGAACACAGUACGAGCAGCUCAUCCAGAAGCUGAUGGAAACCGAUGGCGAUCCAAAUUGCGUUCUGUGGCGACAUCCAAUUCUGCUCCACACCAAGGACAACAUAACCUCACCACUUACUUCGUUACAUUCCGAAACGCUGCAGGCGGAAGCCAUUAAGCUUUUUAAGAGUUGCCAGCUGUUCAUGUCGGUGGCGGUGAACCAGCCGGGCAUCGACUACCACGUGGUUCUGGCCCAGAACGCCCUGCAGCAAUGCCUGGACAUGCCGGAGCUGCAGUCCGAGCUCAUCUGCACCCUGAUCAAGCAAACGUCCCGCCAUACCGGCCAGAAACUCGGUGUAGGUGUCCAGGUAAACAAGAAACUGGGCAUACCGGCUCGUCAAUUACUGUUGUGUGCAACGCAGAGUUUGUUCACCUGCGAUACGCAACUCGGCAAUGCAACUCAAGCGAAUGGGAGCUCACCAACUUCCAUUCAGGCUCCUACGGUUCCUCCAAUCGACUGCAAAUCCAAUCCACCGGCCUACACCUUUAUCCAGGGCUGGCAACUUCUGUCCCUAGCCGUGUCGCUAUUCGUGCCAAAGAACAAUCGCCUACUGUGGUACCUCAAGCUGCACCUAUCGCGAAAUGCCGACUCGAAAACGGAAUGUGGCAAAUACGCGGCCUACUGCGAGCGAGCGCUGGAACGAACGAUGCAAAACGGCGGCCGCGAGACGAAACCUUCCCGGAUGGAGGUGCUCUCGAUUUUACUGAAGAACCCGUACCACCACUCGUUACCCCACGCCAUUCCGGUGCACAUGAUGAACGGCACCUAUCAGGUCGUUUCCUUCGAUGGGUCAUCAACCAUCGAAGAGUUCCACACGGCUCUGGCCCAGGAAAUCGGUUGCCGCGACGGAACCAACGGAUUCACCCUGUUCAGCGAUGACCCCAUCGAAAAGGAUCUCGAACACUACCUUGACCCGCAGGCUAAGCUUUGCGAUGUCAUUUCCAAAUGGGAAACAGCUCUCCGUGAGAAAGGCUCAGGCAAGUUCGAGAAUUCUCGGGUCAUCCAGCUGACGUACAAAAACCGACUCUACUGGAAGCACGCGGCCAAACUGGAAACGGAAAAAGAAAGGCUUCUAUUGUGUUACCAAAUCAACCAACAAGUGGUUCAAGGUCGCUUCCCGCUGUCCCGGGACCUAGCCCUGGAGCUAUCCUCGUUGAUGGCCCAGAUCGACAUGGGUGACUUCACGGCGGACAAAUCCAAAACCAGCUCCCUUCAGGCGGUUGACAAGUUUUACCCCUAUCGAUACCGAGACGCCCUAACUCCAGACGGUCUAAAAGAACUUCAAGACCUCCUAGCUAGCAAGUGGUCCCUCCUCCGAGCUCGCUCCGUGGUAGAUUGCGUUCGAAUCUAUCUAACGUGCGCCCGCAAGUGGCCUUUCUUCGGUGCUACCCUGUUCCAGGCCAAACCGCGACAUUCCGAUCAAGCGAUGGCUUGGCUGGCGGUCUCCGAGGAUGCCCUCAGCGUCUUGGAACUCUCAUCCAUGGCCUCGAUCGGCCGGUAUCCGUACAGUUCGGUGAUGACCUUCGGUGGUUGUCAGGACGAUUUUAUGCUCGUUGUCAGCUCCGAUGAUACGCUGGCCGGAAGUCCCGAGCAGAAGUUGCUGUUCGCGCUUAGCAAACCGAAGAUUCUGGAGAUUACACUGCUCAUUGCGGACUACAUGAAUGCACUGGGCCACACGCUGCCCGGAACGCCACAGAUGAAUACGCUUACGCGGAACGGAAGCCAUCGUAGUAUCCGAUCUCGUGCCCACCCGGGGUCCUGCACCGGAACACCGGCCCACAACACGCUCAACUCGUCGUCGCACAUCGGAGUCGUCGGGGUAGCCGGUGGCAGCAUUGGUCUGGUUAGUGGCUGCCUGAUCGGCGGUGGCGGCGGAAGUCUCGGUGGCAGCAGCUUGGGCGUCGGGCAGCUUGGUCCUGGGGGUGGCAGUGGCGGCGGAAGUCUCGGCGGAACUCUGAACACCAGCAGCCACGGCCACAAUACGCUCACGUCGCACUCGCACACGCUCAAUUCACACAUGAGCCACACGCUCAGCUCGUCGCACGGUAGCAGCCACCAUCAGCCGGAUAUACUGAAGAGCACUCCGGAUCAUCAGAGGCGUUAGGCAUUGUGUGAGAUCCCUGAGGGAGGCAGCUGUACAGGAUAGAAUAGAUUUCAUUUGUUUUUAGUUUAUCUUUUUGUUUUAUAACAGUAGGACCAUUAAUGUAUUUCCAAGUUUUUUUUUCUUGACUCGAGAUUUUGCCUCUGAAAGAUGUUUAUAGUUAUAUAGAAUCCAAAUUGUGCAUAGUUUAGUGUUUUCUUUUUUUGUUUUCGAAAUUUUAAAGUGAACAUGCUAAGUCAAUCUUUUCAAUCGACGUAUCAAUUCCUCCACUACAAGGUACCAACACAUUACCAACCACUUAUUGAAGUUAGGUUUAGACCUUUAGUUUUUAAGCGAACAACUAACCAAAAUUAACACCCAAAAUCUACUCAUAUUAGUUAUUUGUACUUUUUAUUACUUAUAUUUUUUAAUUAAUGAAGUAGUUAUUGUAAGAGUAUGUGAACUAAGAGCAUUUCUUCCUAGAAGAACUGUCCGUUUUGAAAUGGUUAGAAAUGUGUGUGUAAGGAAAAAAACGUGUAAAAAGUAAUGACGAACACGUGCUUCGUCUCUCGAGGCAAUAGGUGCAGAUACAGAUGCAGUCAAAAGAAUCGUUUAGAAACCAUUGUGAUUUUUAUGCUAUAACUAUAUCUAAACAAAAGUGAAUAAACAGAAGCAACUCAAACGAA